CGCUUGUCAGAUUGCGCACAUGAAGGGUUGUUGGGCGAUCUCAUUUGAUAUAUUGGAGUCAUCAAGCUCCACACUUGUUGAGUUGGCUUAGGUGAAAGGAGGAUCCGCAUUGGAACUUCGCAAUGGGUUAUUUAAAGGGGGCAAAAUUGACUGUCAAGGUCGUCAAAUCAACAAAAGCCAUCAGAGAUCCUAAAGAUGAUCCUUUUUUAAAGCGCGAGGUUGAACAUCCCACAACGGAUCUUGAGACCUUAAUCCACUUGGCCAAGGGCAGUCUGGGAACGGGCGUCCUGGCUAUGCCAUUUGCUUUCAGCAACGCGGGUCUCGGACUUGGUAUAAUCGGCACCCUAGUCAUUGGUCUUGUAUGCACGCAUUGCGUGCAUAUCAUGGUAAAAUGCGCCCACGAGCUUUGCUGGAGGCAUGGAAUACCAUCUUUGGAUUUUGCUGAUCUCGCUGAGGAAACUUUUAAAAAAGGGCCCCCAGAAUUCCGAAAAGGAGCCACAUUCGCCAGAGUACUGAUUCAAAUCCUCAUUGUGGUUGUUGCCCUAGGAGCAUGCUGCGUUUAUAUCGUUUUCGUAUCUUCAAAUCUCCAACAGGUCAUCGACUUUUUCACUGGAAGUGAAAUCAACAUUAUAUUUUACAUUUUGAUGGUGACUGCGGUGAUGAUAGCGUUAUGCAUGAUUCGCAAUCUGCGGAUUCUCUCGCCCCUGUCGCUGCUGAGCAACGUCCUCUUUUUAGCCUCGGUUGGAAUCGUUUUCUAUUACGUUUUCCAAGAUUUGCCUAGCGUGGAAGAGAGGGAGGCAUUCAUGUCCAUAACCAAACUACCGGUAUUUUUCAGCACAGCCGUUUUCGCUCUCGAGGGAAUCACAGUAGUUAUGCCCCUGGAAAAUAACAUGAAAACUCCAAGAAAUUUCAUCGGCUGCUUUAGAGUGCUGAACACAGCUAUGACCCUGAUCGUGUGCAUUUAUGCUCUGGUCGGUUUCAUGGGCUAUUUGAAAUACGGCGAAAAAGUGGAGGGCAGCAUUUCACUGAAUUUACCAGAGGGUGAAAUCCCAGCCCAAAUCGCACAGAUCAUGCUUUCCGUUGCCGUGGGUCUCACCUACCCUUUGCAAUUCUACUGCGCCAUGGAAUUCACUUGGCCGUCUUUGAACGGCUUCCUCAAGCGAAAAGCGCCGGCAAUCAGUGGUUUAAAGGGAGAAUACAUUUACAGAGUGCUUCUCGUUUUGCUGACAAUGGCCAUCGCCAUUGCGAUUCCCAACCUGUCGGCUUUGAUGGGCCUGAUUGGGGCCGUCUGUCUCUCGACCGUGGGCCUUAUGUUCCCAGCUAUUGUGGAAACUGUGGUCUUUUGGCAAGACUGGGGUUGGGGCAAUUGGAAGCUGGUGAAGAAUAUAGUCAUAUUCGUGUUUGGCAUUACUGGAUUCGCAACUGGACUCUACACUAGUAUUUUAGAUUUGAUUGCCUCAUUUAGUGGCGAGGAAGAAAAGGCACUGCUGCUACUUUAAGCAUUUUAAUUUAUUUGUGGUUUUAUUUAGUGCUACAGAGUUUAUUUUACAUCAUCUUGGUAUAUCUUAACGACUUAAGUAUACACUAAAAUAUUUAAGAUAAAUUAAAAUGGUAUGAAAUUAAA